AUGUCGGGGGAGGUUUGGGAAUGGGAGCUGCGCCUGCUGAGGGCGACGAUCGGCGGAGAGCCGUUGGCGACGGCGCGGAUCGACAGCCCGGCAGACGGCCACAAUGCCUUGCUACAAUUGGCCAUUGAAGGAAAGUACCGCGAAAUUUUUGAUCUGGCAACUGAGGCAGGCAUCUUGAUAUCUGGUGGGGCGGUCCGUGUGGGUGACCCUGCUGCAUUUGAGGCCCUUGAAGGUCACCUGAUCAGCACAUGGAGCACUGCACUGCAGUUUGAGGACCUAGGGUGUGCUGUCAAGCUUUUUGCAGUUGGGGUUGCUGCUCUGCUGCUGUUCGUACAGGCCAAUGUGACUGGACCUGAACAUGACACUUCCCAGCCACAAUGUUCCUUGGUGCAGAAUGGAGCACAGUGCGAGCACCAUCUUCCCGGCAAGGCAAGCUCAGUAUCUGGCCCUGCAGCAUGUGCCAGCAAUGAGCGGUGGGCAGAAAGGCAGCUUGCUGUGGACAGUGAAGACCUGUUUGCCAAGUGCCAGCUGCCGCAGUACUUGCUGCUGGCAAGGAGAGUCCUGGUCGACCUCCUUCAACUUAACAGGAGGGCAUCUGCCCAGGCCGCCCUCAAGCAGGUGCAGUCGCCUGGACUUGCGGAAGAUGAAGAAGUGGAGGGAUCAAAAGAGUCGAGAACCAUUCAGUGCGGGGAGUCUGAGUAUCAGCUCGCAACCCUGGAGGAAAUGAUCGAUCCCAGCAGAGCGAAAAGCUUUGUGGAAAGUGCACUGCCAUCAUGGUUCUGGUGGGCGGCAAGGGCAGUGGCCAUCCAUCAGCGUCUGCUGUCCCGCAAAUCGGCAACCCUGAGGACUGAGCUUGUUGCUCUGACAGACGACACGAUGAAAAUCUUCAAUGUCACCAAUCGUGAAAGGGUGCCACCAGUUGUCCGUGCGGCGGCUCUGCUGGAAGCCGGCCUCUGGGAACUGCAGUACAGGCAUAUUGAAGCUGCAAAGGCGUUUUUGUCGCAUGCAGAGGCUGCUCUCGGGCUUGUGGUCGACCUCAGUGGGGCUAUGGGUGUGCGAACUGCACAUCAGCAGGAAGCCAAGGCCCAGCUCUUUGUGAAGGUGCAGCAUACACAUGAGGCAUAG